AUGUCGGCGACCGACAGUUUCGACUACUACUUGGGAAUUCCCUUCAGCAAUGAUAUGGGAUGCACCGACAACCCUGGAUAUGAUAUUCCCCAGUGCCUCGGUUGUGACUCUUCUGGAGCGCAAAUCAUGAGAUUGCGGGGGAGUGAGCGCCAACAGACGGACUGCUAUUCCAAAGUGGGCCUUCCUCUGAUGGAAAACAGCCGCGUUGUGGAGCAGCCGCUCAACCUGUGGAAUCUUACGCGACAGUACCGCUCUGCCGCGCUGAGAACGAUGCGCGAGGCGAGAGAGCGAGGACAGCCCUUUUUUCUCUACAUAGCGCUAGCUCACAUGCACGUACCCUUGGCCCCGCCGCUCGCGUCCGACGCCACCCCUUCGCCACCUCACAGCCGAGCGUACGCUGCAAGCCUGCAAGAAAUGGAUCGCCUGGUGGGGUCCAUCCGGAGUGCCUCAAACAAAGAUGAUACGCUCAUCUGGUUCACUGGUGACAACGGUCCCUGGGAGAAGAAGUGCCAGUAUGCGGGAAGUACAGGACCAUUCAAAGGAAAAUGGCAGACCAAAAGAGGUGGGAGUUCAGCUAAGAAGACCACUUGGGAAGGAGGCCACCGAGUGCCGUCGGUGGCCUGCUGGCCCGGUGUGAUCCCUGCAAACACGACUAGUGCCGCCUUGCUCAGCGGGAUGGACAUUUUCCCCACGCUGCUCUCCCUGGCGGGGGUGACGCCACCUUCUGACCGGCGCUACGAUGGCACAGAUGUUACAAGCGUCCUCCUCGGCGGUGAACAGACUGGCCACAAGGUGCUCUUCCAUCCUAAUAGUGGCGCCGCGGGGCGGUUUGGUGAUUUGCAGGCAGUGCGAGCUGGGAAAUACAAAGCUUUCUACAUGACAGGUUCAUCUGAAGCAUGUGGCGGUGACGUAGGGACACAGCAGCUCCACGACCCACCGUUGAUUUUUGACUUAGAACGUGAUGAGGCCGAAGAAACACCCUUAAAGGUCGGAACACCUGAAUACCAAGUGAUAGCCGAAAGGGUUGCCCUCUGGAGGGAGGGGUUGUUAUGGGACAUCGCCACCGACCCAUCCGUGUCCGAGGCCGACUACACCACGGACGACUCGGCCACGCCUUGCUGUGAGCCCACGCGGCCCGUUUGUCGUUGCCUCUGACUGUUCUGACAGCAGGAAGCCUUCAUGGACAACAAUGCAGACGCACAUUUUGCAGUUUGAAUGCGCACUCGGGAAGUCAGUGUGGACCGCCGUGCUCUUUGGGGGGUACAAUGUCCAGAUGCGACAAGGAGGCGUGCGAACAAACAAGUAAACAGACAGAGCAAAGAGGAGCGGGCGGCGAGCACAAGGUCAGAGGGAGGCCAGUUGCCUGUCGGAUCAAUAAAGCAAAGAGAAAAAUA